AUGAGCUUCAAUUGCAGUGGCUUCGAGUUGAAUUGGUGCUGUGGUGUUGAUGGUUAUCGAAUGAGGGAGGGAAAUGGAAGACUGAGUGGUCCCCUCUCGUCCUCCUACAUCAACGCCUCCUACGUGAGACCACCCAACUACACGGCGACAGGCGCUGCCGUGGCGUCGAGUCAGGACACCCAACCGGAGUACAUUGCAGCCCAGGGUCCACUGCCUCACACCGUCGCGGACUUCCUCACGAUAAUCUACGAACAGAGGUGUCCCCACAUCGUCAUGCUCUGCAAGGGGAACAACAGCCCGAAAUGUGCCAGAUAUUGGCCUGCCCAGGCCACAGAAACAUUUGUCUCCGAUGGUCGAAGUGUUGUCGUGACCAAAGUGGCAGAGCAGAUAACACCAAACUUUACCUACCGUGAAUUCACAAUUCUGCCAUCGGACGAGAAGGAGAACGGUGAUUCAAUUUGUAAAUUUCAGCCAUGGCCAGUUAAGCAGAUUCACUUCACCCUCUGGAACGAUUAUGGAGCACCUCCAGUUGAGCAGAUAUACGCAGUCAUCUUGAAGCACCUCUCGUUUUUGGAACAAACGCCGAUUGGCUCCUAUGGUCCCCCACUUGUGCACUGCAGGGUGAAACAGCUUCAAGCGCACUCCCUCUUGUAUCCUAUUAGCGCUGGCGUGGGGAGAACCGGAACCUUCAUUUGUGCUCGCUACAUACUCGAGCGACUGCGCAAGGACGCCUCAACAAUCGACGUGUUCGGUACUGCACUGGCCGUUCGACGCUGGCGAAAGAGCCUCGUUCAAACAGCGGUACUCCGUGGUUUUAUCUUUGAUUUCUGCUACAAAAUAUGA